AUGCUGCGGAGCCUCGUGCUGUUUUUCAGCGUGCUGGGCGCGUGCUGCGGAUCAAGUUUCCCAAGCAACAUCAACAUAGGGGGGCUGUUUCCUGCGGACUCGCACGAGUAUGAGGCGUUCCGCUUCGCGCUCUCACAUCAGCAGGAUGUCCCCAAGCUCGUGCCGCAGGUGGACAUGGUCAAGAGCGGGAACAGUUUCUCUAUGACGUAUGCAUUCUGUUCCCAGUUUGCUAAAGGUGUGUAUGCGAUCAUCGGUGUGUAUGACCGGCGGACGGUGAACAUGCUGAUGUCCUUCUGCGGAGCGCUACACGUGUGUUUCGUCACGCCCAGCUUCCCCGUCGCCAGGGCCAACCAGUUCGUCAUCCAGCUCAGGCCUCAGCUGCAGGGGGCGCUACUGAGCGUCAUCGAGUUCUACAGGUGGACACGCUUCACCUACCUGUACAGCUCCGACUCAGGUCUCACGGUGCUGCAGCGUGUGCUGGACUGUGCGGCUGAGCGCGGGUGGCAGGUGGUCAGUGUGAACGUGGAGAGUGUGUCGGAGGCGUCCUUCUCCAAACUCUACCAGGACAUGGAGGCACGCAAGGAGGGCCACAUCAUCAUCGACUGUGAGAUGGACAGAUUGGCCUCAGUGCUCAAGAAGAUUGUUGAGCUGAGGAAGAAUGUGAAGAACUUUCAUUACAUUCUAGCCAAUCCUGGCUUCCUGGACAUUGAUUUGUCGGAGUUGAGGAAGGGCGGGGCCAAUGUGACGGGGUUCCAGCUGGUGAAUGGGGAGGAGCCUAAUGUUGGCCACGUCCUACAGCAGUGGAUGCAGUUUGAGACCAAAGACGCCAAAGCACCUCGACAUAGCCUGAGGUACACAGGAGCGCUGACAUAUGAUGGGGUGAACGUCAUGGCAACAGCGUUCCAGAAUCUGAGGCGUCAGCGAAUAGACAUCUCUCGCCGUGGCAACGCAGGAGAGUGUCUGGCCAAUCCCCCUGCACCCUGGGGACAGGGUAUUGACAUCCAGAGAGCCCUGCAGCAGGUCCGUAUUGAUGGGCUAACAGGUCAUAUCCAGUUUGAUGAGAAAGGCCGCCGGAUCAACUAUACACUGGGGGUCAUGGAGCUGAGAACAGCAGGGCCCAAGAAGGUGGGCUACUGGAAUGAGAAUGAGAAGUUUGUUCCUACGUCCUUUCCUCCCGGCACCAACGAGACCAACGGCCUUCAGAAUCGAAGUUACAUCGUCACCACCAUUCUAGAGUCCCCGUAUGUGAUGCUGAAGAAGAACCAUGAGCAGCUGCAGGGCAAUGACCGGUACGAGGGCUACAUCGUGGAGCUGGCGGCCGAGAUCGCCAAGCACGUCGGCUACCGCUACCACCUGCACAUCGUCACCGACGGCAAGUACGGAGCCAAGGACGCAGACACCAAGCAGUGGAACGGCAUGGUGGGAGAGCUGGUCUAUGGGAAGGCUGAUGUGGCGGUAGCCCCCUUGACCAUCACGUUAGUAAGGGAGGAGGUGAUUGACUUCUCUAAGCCCUUCAUGAGUCUGGGCAUCUCCAUCAUGAUCAAGAAACCCACCAAGUCCAAGCCCGGCGUGUUCUCCUUCCUGGACCCGCUGGCCUACGAGAUCUGGAUGUGCAUCGUGUUCGCCUACAUCGGCGUGAGCGUGGUGCUGUUCCUCGUCAGCCGCUUCAGCCCCUACGAGUGGCACGCCGACGAUGACAUCACGGACGAGGGGGCGGGGCCUCAGGAGGGCCAGAUAGGCCCCGCCCCCACGUCGCCACAGCAACCAACGCCCACUCAGGAGCAGAGUAACGAGUUCGGAAUCUUCAACUCACUCUGGUUCUCACUGGGAGCGUUCAUGCAGCAGGGCUGUGACAUCUCACCCAGGUCUCUAUCAGGGCGUAUAGUGGGGGGUGUGUGGUGGUUCUUCACCCUCAUCAUCAUCUCGUCCUACACGGCUAACCUGGCGGCGUUCCUGACGGUCGAGCGGAUGGUGUCGCCCAUCGAGAGCGCCGAGGACCUCGCCAAGCAGACGGAGAUCGCCUACGGAACACUCGACGCCGGCUCCACCAAAGAGUUCUUCAGGAGGUCGAAGAUUGCGGUCUUUGAGAAGAUGUGGUCGUACAUGAAGUCUGCGGACCCGUCGGUGUUUGUGAAGACGACGGAUGAGGGGGUGAUGCGCGUGCGCAAGUCGAAGGGCAAGUACGCCUACCUGCUGGAGUCCACCAUGAACGAGUACAUCGAGCAGCGCAAGCCCUGCGACACCAUGAAGGUGGGAGGCAACCUGGACUCCAAGGGAUACGGCAUCGCCACACCCAAAGGGUCCAUACUGAGAAGCCAUGUGAAUCUGGCGGUGCUGAAGCUCAAUGAGCAGGGCCUGCUGGACAAGCUGAAGAACAAGUGGUGGUACGACAAGGGGGAGUGUGGCAGUGGAGGAGGAGACUCUAAGGAUAAGACGAGUGCUUUGAGUCUCAGUAAUGUGGCUGGAGUGUUCUACAUCCUGAUUGGUGGGUUGGGUCUGGCCAUGCUGGUGGCCCUGGUGGAGUUCUGCUACAAAUCUCGUGCAGAGUCCCAGCGCAUGAAGCAGUCCAUCGAUGCGGCGCUCCGCUGUUCUGGCCUCAGUGCUCUUGGAGGAGUGACGGGCGGGGAGAACGGCCGACUGCUGGCCCCCGACUUCCCCAAAGCUGUGCAGAGCUGCAUGAGCCACCCUGCUGGACUGAGCCUGGGAGCCGCGGGGAUGUGAAGUGUGUGUGUGUGCAACCAACGCGAUGUGAAGUGUGUG